CAUGGGCGGGCGGGCGCGCCGCUCGCUGUUGGCGGCGCCCGCGGGCCUGCUGCUGCUGCUGUGCCUGCUCUGGCCGAGGGGGGUACGCUGCGGCUACCACGAGAAGCGGCUGCUGCACCACCUACUGGACCACUACAACGUACUGGAGAGGCCCGUCGUCAACGAGAGCGACCCGCUGCAGCUCUCCUUCGGCCUCACGCUCAUGCAGAUCAUUGACGUGGACGAGAAGAACCAGCUAUUAAUAACAAACAUCUGGCUUAAACUGGAGUGGAAUGACAUGAACUUGAGAUGGAACACUUCUGAUUUCGGUGGGGUCAAAGAUUUACGAGUACCGCCCCACAGACUAUGGAAACCAGACGUCCUCAUGUACAACAGCGCGGACGAAGGGUUCGACAGCACGUAUCCAACGAACGUGGUUGUCCGGAACAACGGCUCGUGUCUGUACGUACCGCCUGGCAUCUUCAAGAGCACCUGCAAGAUCGACAUCACCUGGUUUCCAUUCGAUGACCAAAGAUGCGAAAUGAAGUUUGGUAGCUGGACUUAUGAUGGAUAUCAGUUGGACCUUCAAUUACAAGACGAAGGGGGAGGAGAUAUAAGCAGUUUUGUCACGAAUGGUGAAUGGGAAUUAAUAGGAGUCCCCGGCAAGCGCAAUGAGAUUUACUACAACUGUUGUCCGGAGCCGUACAUCGACAUAACAUUCGCAGUCGUAAUCAGGCGGAAGACGCUCUACUACUUCUUCAAUCUUAUCGUACCCUGCGUGCUCAUCGCCUCCAUGGCGCUAUUAGGAUUCACCUUACCUCCAGAUUCAGGCGAAAAAUUGUCAUUAGGUGUGACAAUAUUGCUGUCGCUGACGGUGUUCCUCAACAUGGUGGCAGAGACGAUGCCAGCGACGUCAGAUGCCGUGCCCCUGCUGGGCACAUACUUCAACUGCAUCAUGUUUAUGGUGGCGUCUUCCGUCGUAUCCACCAUACUCAUCCUGAAUUACCACCAUCGGCACGCAGACACUCAUGAAAUGAGUGAUUGGAUACGUUGCGUGUUUCUGUACUGGCUGCCGUGGGUCCUGCGCAUGUCGAGGCCGGGCUCGGCGACGACCCCCCCGCCGGCUCGUGCCCCGCCCCCGCCAGACCUGGAGCUGCGCGAACGCUCCUCCAAGUCGCUCCUAGCGAACGUGCUCGACAUCGACGACGACUUCCGCCAUGCGCACUCGCAGCAGCCCCCUUGCUGCCGAUACUACAGGUCCCUCGACGAUCUACACGAACACUACUCGCCGGGGGGUGAGGAGAACGGCGCGGGUCUGGCAGCACAUAGUUGCUUCGGUGUCGACUACGAGCUCUCCCUCAUCCUGAAGGAGAUACGAGUCAUCACAGAUCAGAUGCGCAAGGACGAUGAAGAUGCGGACGUUUCGCGCGACUGGAAGUUCGCCGCCAUGGUCGUGGACAGACUGUGCCUUAUUAUCUUUACCCUGUUCACAAUCAUCGCAACGCUAGCCGUGCUGCUGUCCGCGCCACACAUCAUGGUGUCGUAGCGACCCGCCCGCUUGCGGCUGCGCAUGCGUAACGUUCUGUGAUACCGCGAAUACUUGUUAAGUUGUGAUGUGCGAAGCGGCGCGGACGCUGAUGCCGCGGCGCAGGAGUUGCCGCCGCCUGCCUCGACGCCCGCGCCCCCCUGUAGACAUAAGUUACCGCUGACUGCCAACCCUGUAAGCUCAACAAAAACUGCCUAUCCGACUAACGUCUUCUAAUCCCUUGAGAACUUCAGCGAUUGUGUACUUUUUCUUCCAAGAAUACAAAGACCACCGGUCGUCACGCUCACUAAAAUGAUUCCCGUGCCCUACAAUCGAUCUGUAGGGUACGAUGAGAUUGAUAGUCUCUUGGAAACGAUGAGCGGUUCCGUAGCAGGCGUUCCGUCCGUCGGAACGGUCGCCCUAGCGAUAGAGUGGCAGUACGUGCUAUACAGGCACCGGCGCCGCCGCGCGCUGCCGGGCCCCGCCGCGGGCCCGCGCUAGAGUUAGUCACCGCAGCAAGUGACCACCCACUAGACAAGACUGUGGCUAAUUAACAAAUUUUUAGCACAAAAAUGUCUUCCUUCUUACCGUUGAACGACCUGAUUCGCAUUUAAAAUUUAAACUUUGUUAGAACUUCUUCGAUUCUCGAAAUCUAUUGUACAGUUUAGAGUUUGGGCAGUGAAACAAUGGCCCUUUGUUUCCUUCUUGUUCGAUUCCAUGAAUCGUGUUAUAAUCCCUAGUUUUAUUUUCGGAUAUAUUUGUGUCAGUAGCUAGUAUAGAACUUUACAAACAAUGUUGAUUCAAUUGGUACAGGUUGUGAUAUGCCUCGUUGUGAACGGGUCGAUAUUGUUAUAAAUGGUAAAAUAUCCAUGGCUAUAGCUUAAUAAAACGUUCGUUACAAGUUGUAGUUAAACAAAUAUUAUUUUAAUAAAGUCAUACCUGGGUCUAUCAGAACGACUUAUACAAAUAAUUAAAUUACGUAUUAAUAUCACGUUUGUACUUCUUUCCAUACAGUUACAGUAAUUCAUAUGCUGAAAAUAAUAUUAGCUUUGUAAAAUUUUCUUCUUCGAAAAUUAAUUCAAAAUACGACCAUCGUUUCAGACAUGUACAAUAUACAUAUAACUCAUUUUAUAAGAUAUACAACAUUUUAUAAGUACAACAAGUUAACACCGGUUUUUCGUUACAUAGAGGGUAUACAUAACACGAAGGUGCCUAUUUAUUGAGAGAUGCUCAGUUGAUAAGUACCUACUCGGUAUCCGAAACAUCUCGACCUAUCCUGCCGCUCGUCUGCCACACUCCAACAGAUAUCAUAACUAAACGCGAUUGUUUUGAUGCUCUACCAUUGUCAUUGUUAUAUCAUUUUAUUCUUAAUUUAAAUCAUCGAUAAUAAUAAUUGAUAAGGAGACAUUGUGAAUCUCUUAAAGGGAAAACGUGUUACCUACGGUGAGAAUGCGCGGGUACACACGACAAGCGACUGUACCCUCGCAAAGCUCUCGUAAUGUUUUCCUUUUCCGAGGUAGCGGGUGUGUAUGUGAUCUUAGACGGCUCUAAGGAAGUUGCGGGCCGGAUUUGAUUACCCGUCAAUGUUUUCAAUGAUCAGUUUGUUUACUGUUAUAUCUUGUACCAUUCGCUAGAGGUUGUGUGACGACCCGGACGGUGGAGGCCGCCGGCCCCGCCCAUCGCCCAGGCUGCUCUCUAUCUUGUUAUAUGAUAGAACAAGUGCGGCAUCUCGCCGUCGGCAAUGGGACUGCCCGAUGUCCCCAAGAUUUGUUCAAUUGUUAGGGUUAAUACUCUGAAUUGCACUUUGUUUAUUAAAUAUAAACGAAUGAAACAAA